AUGAAGAUCGAAGAGCGGCUGAAGGAACUGGGCCUCGAACUGCCCGAGCCGACCACGCCGUUGGGCAGCUACGUGAAUGCCGUUCGCACCGGCAACCUGAUCUACAUGGCGGGCAAGGGCCCGGGCCUGCCGGGCAAGCCGCUGCCAGUGGGCAAGGUGGGCCGCGACUUCUCGCUCGAGCAGGCCAACCGCCUCGCGCGCGAUACCGGCCUCAGCAUCCUGGGCGCCCUCAAGGCCGAGCUGGGCGAUCUCGACCGCGUGAAGCGCAUCGUCAAGGUGCUGGGCAUGGUCAACGCCACGUCGGAAUACGGCAGCCAUCCCGAA